AUGCCACGCUUCAUCACCGAUUAUCGCAGCUGGUCAACUGGUGAUGUCAUAGCAGGCGUGACCGUGGCGGUCACCAGCCUCCCACAAUACAUCGCCUAUGCCGAGCUGGCGCAGCUUUCGGGCUUUCGAGGCAUCCUCGCCUCCGGCCCGCCGCUGGUGGUCUUCGCCUUCCUCACGGGGAACCCGUGCCUCAACAUCGGGGUGACGUCCAUCACAGCUCUCAUGGCCACGGCUGAUCUGAAAGGAGGCGAGUACAGGGAGAUGUAUGGAGAAGCUGCCUGGUCCGACAUCCUGGGCUGCUACUCCAUGAUGGUGGGCGUGGCCUCUGUGGCUUUGGCCUUCCUGGGCGCUGGGCGCCUGGUGCGAUACAUCCCCAGCCCCGUCAAGGCGGGCUGGAAGCUGGGCUUUGCGAUGGCCGCCUGUGCAGCGCAAGCGCCCAGCUCCGCCUUCCAACAUGCAAAGAAGCUGAAGACGAUUUGCGAGCUGCCGCUGCUGCAUGGUGCGCCAAUUGCCGGUGGUGCUGCCAACAUGUAUCGGCUGGCAUGGACGCUGACGCAUCCCCAGCACUGGGACGCGGAUGCUGUCCUCUUCUCUGCCAUCACACUGUUUAUCGCAAAUCCUUUCUUGGACUUACACACGCUCCGACGGUGUCUUCUUUACCUUGGAAAACGACCACACCUCCACCGGGGCUUUGCGUCCCGUCCGGCUAUGGCGCUGCCGCUGGACGUGGUGGAGCACUUCCUGCGCCAGGGCUGCGACUUCGAGGACAGGGCGGUGGCGCGCUACGCGGCGGAGAAGGCGGAGGCCUUCGUGCUGAGGCCCUGA